CUCGCUUUAAAACGCGGUCGAACACUUUUAAGGCCGCGGGACCCUCGUCGCUUUCAGUAGAGACCUGACGGCGUAAGGAAGUAUAUUUGCAGCCGUCAACGAGAAAAAAUGGAUUUAAUUUUCACCAUCAUUACAAUAUUGGCUGUCGCAUCUUCGGCGGUCUCGGAUAUAGCAUCGACAGCAAAAUCUGAACUCACCACUUGCAACUCAAAAUACCAAGCUAAUAUGAAGAUCUCCGGCUCAGACCUGCCUGCGAUACUGAACGAGGCUGUUGCCACCGACACGUCAGACUCCCAGAAAGUGUGCGUGUACGACUGCCUGCUGCGGCGGCUGGGGGCGCUGGGCGCAGAGGGGCUGGACCUGCAGAAGAUGCUGACCUUGGUGAUGGGCGAGGGCCCGGGCAACGCCCUGCAGUGCGUCGACCUCAACCAGACCGUGCGCUGCGUCUGCAGAGUGAACAGUGCAGUACGUGAGGACGCAACUAGUUCCACGUGCCAGGCAACCAAAGUUCUCAUAGAAUGCAUGAAGACAGCCUUGAAAUGUCCUCUGUGAAUACGUCCCUAGCGGAAUGGCAACGUACAUUUUCGGAGAUUGUGCAGUGGAUACCCGAGAAUUAAAAAAAAAACCUACGUGAAUAAAUUACUUCACAUUGUGGUAGCUCCAGAUGGCUACGAAAAGAAGCUGCGUAUUCACGUACUUGAUGGAAAGUGUAUGCACAUGUGUCUUUGCACUGUGAGUGAAAUAUGUACAGUUGUAAUGAAAUAUAUCUCAACUAAUAGAAA